CAGUGAUUGACCCUCCAUUGAAACGGCCAUGUAAGCAGAGCAACCCGUGGUCUACCUCUGAUAACUACUAUUACAAGAGCAACCGGAUGUAGCCGAUGCAAAAACAUGGCGGCCACCAUCCCAGAUGAAGUGUUGCAGGAGGAGGACGCUGACCGGAUCCCGCUGCGGGUGGUUCACCACGAGUCGGACCUGUCGGAGGCGGAGAAGCGCUUCCUGGUGUCCGUGGAGCGGGGAGACUACGCCACGGUGCGCAAAAUCCUGGAGGACUACGGGCCAGAGAUGGACAUCAACUGUACGGACCCUCUGAGCAGGACAGCUCUGCUCAUCGCCAUAGAAAACGAGAACCUGGAGCUGGUGGAGCUACUGGUCUCCUACAACGUCAGGGUGGGCGACGCUUUACUUCACGCCAUCAAGCGGGAGUUUGUCGGAGCCGUGGAACUGCUGCUGAACUGUACUGAAGACAGAACACAAUACAUGAAGUACGUCCAGAGAGAGUCGGACUUCACGGAAGACAUGACGCCGAUCAUCCUGGCCGCGCACAAGAACAACUACGAGAUCCUCAAGCUGCUUCUACAGAAGGGACACCCCAUCCCCAAACCUCAUGACGUCAGGUGCACCUGCCACGAGUGCGCUGAAGGUUACCGUACGGACGCCCUGAGACACUCGCGGCAGAGGUUGAAUGUGUACCGGGCUCUGGCCAGUCCCAGCCUGAUCAUGCUCUCGAGUGACGACCCCAUCCUGACGGCGUUUCAACUCAGCUGGGAGCUAAGGGGGUUGUCAACCUUAGAGAACGAGUUUAAGUCGGAGUACGAGCAGCUGUCCAAGCAGUGUAAGAAGUUCGCCUCGGACCUGCUGAGCCACACGCGGGGCACCAGGGAACUGCAGGUCAUCCUCAACCACUCAGACGACAUGGUGGAGUCAGCCACCAGCAGUAACUCACUGGCCAGGCUCAAACUCGCCAUCAAAUACCACCAGAAAGAGUUCGUAUCCCAGCCUAACUGCCAGCAGCUGCUGUCGUCCAUGUGGUACGAGGGGUUCCCGUCAUGGCGGCGGAAGCACUGGGCCGUCAAGGUUCUGAUCUGCGCCUCCAUCGCCCUGGCCUUCCCCCUGCUCGGUAUCUGCUACCUCUGCGCACCCAAGAGCUCCCUGGGCAAGCUUAUACGGAAGCCGUUCCUGAAGUUCAUCUGCCACACGACGUCGUACCUGUUCUUCCUGGCUCUGCUGUACCUGGCCUCCAACCCCGCCCUGGUGGGGGACGAGGACGUGGACAGACCCAACCUGCAGGGCCCGGUACCCAACACCGUGGAGUGGAUGAUCUUCGUCUGGGUUCUCGGUAUGAUCUGGGGAGAGAUUAAGCAGCUGUGGGAGGCGGGACUGAAGGAGUACAUUAGUGACCAGUGGAACGUCAUGGACUUUAUCAUGAACUCACUCUACGUGGCCACCAUCGCGCUCAGAGUCGUCUCUUAUAUCAAGUUUAAGGACGAGACACUGAGCAGUCGGAACGGGACGGCGCUCCACCCCCGCUCCACGUGGCAGGCGGACCACCCUACCCUGGUGGCGGAAGGUCUCUUCGCUACAGCAAACAUCUUCAGCUCGCUCAGGGUCAUCUUUCUAUUCACCUCCAACUCCCAUCUGGGACCGCUGCAGAUAUCCUUAGGGAGGAUGGGGUUCGACAUAGUCAAGGUCCUGUUCAUCUACUUCCUGGUGCUGUUCGCCUUCGCUAACGGCCUGAACCAGCUGUACUUCCCGUAUAACAACAACAACGGGUCCCUGCAGACGGACGGGAACGACUACUACUGCUACGGCGUGCGCUGCCACGACCAGAACAACGCGUUCUCGAGUUUGUGGGAAACCCUUCAAGCUCUGUUCUGGUCCCUGUUCGGGCUGGUCAACCUGUACGUGACCAAAGUGGAGAACGCGCAGGGCUACAAACACGCCUUCACGGAGUUCGUGGGAACGUGGAUGUUCGGGGCCUACAACGUCAUCGCUCUCAUCGUGCUCCUCAACAUGCUCAUUGCUAUGAUGAACAACUCCUAUCAACACAUAGCGGACCACGCUGAUACGGAAUGGAAGUUCGCGCGGACCAAACUGUGGCUGAGUUACUUUGAGGAGGGUGGAACUCUGCCCCCUCCCUUCAACAUCGUCCCCAGUCCCAAGUUCUUCUGGUACACCAUCAUGUGGGUCAAGAACAGCUGCUCCGAGAUCUGCAACUUCAGGAAGAAACAGCUCAACAGGAUGAGGUCCAUAGGGAAAAUGACAGCCAUCAAGCUCAGAAAGGACAUGGCAUACAAGGACGUCAUUCAGAACCUGGUGCGGAGAUACAUUGCGAACGAGAUCAGGGACCGGGAAAGCUCAGAAGGUCUGUGUGAAGACGACAUCAACGAGUUGAAGCAGGACAUCUCGAGUUUCCGGUACGAGAUGCUGGCUCUGCUGAAGUCUGACGGUGGGGAGGGGGGUCUGGACCUGCUGCAGGACGAGAGACCGUCUCGGAGGAAGCGGCGGACCGGGAAGUACAGCCUGGAGUCACUGUCUCAGCCGCGAUCCCGCUCUAUGAACAACCUGGACCGCCUAGAGGAGCGCCCGGCUGCCGAGGACACGGACUCCGCCAAGGUGUGUCUGUCCCGGCCGCUGGCUGCAGCUGCCGUCAGGUCCGUGUUUCCCGUGUUGGAACAGAGGCAGAGGAACGUGAUGAACGGGCAGGUGGCCGGGACGGUGGAACGGACCUGGUCCCAGGGAAACCCAGCCGUCCUGCAGGACGGCAACCCGCUGCUGCUACAGACCGAGCGGGUGUCCAGCAUGGGCAGGAUUAGUAGGACAUUUGUCACGCUGGCGUCCCCCGUUCUCGGGCGGAGAAGGCGACAGCAGAGGAAAGAUUUGGACGAGAGGACAGAAGAAGACACGGAGCUGGGCGCCAUGUCUCGCGCCGACAGGAACUAUGCCAACGAAAACGACAUGGCGAUCGUCUCCACGUGUGCGCCAAUCGCGGAAAUAGACGACGCUGCGGACGAAGAGCCUUCUGGUGAGGAAACCAGCUCGUCUGAGUCUGCACCGCGACAUGACGUCGUUUGAGGAAGUGAGAGAACGUCUUUACGCCGCACACCUGCUGCAAGGUGUGUCUGGCCGACAAACAAUACAGACUUUCAACACUUUCCGAUAGGAUCCACGCGGAGGUUUGGAUUUCCAGCAGGACUGUUGUUCAACACUGGAGACAGAUUUUUCAAAACGUUCCUAGGAUUUACCUCAGGAAGCAAGCCGAGCGCGACAAAGUAACUUCUGACUGGGGUGCUGAACGCUUUAGGACACUUGUGUGGAGUUACUCUUCACUUGCGAGAACUUUUCUUGAACGUGCGGGAGCGCCAGAGAUCACUGCUCACAACGGUAAACAGAAAGCCGCGCAGGAGGAAGAGAAAAAGUUCGUCUUCUGAACUUUCUCUUGAGUUGACAGUCGCCGCGCCUACAUACGCGUGUUACUUGAGAUUCUGUAAGAUAUUUCGGAUUGGGAGUUCUUAAAGGCAUUCGUUUGUAGGAUGCACCACGUCUAGAGGAACGGAUAUUCCGGGACACAGGAACACUCCGGACAAGAGGACACAAAGAACCCAGAUCUCAACGUGUCAACGUCAUUACCAUUUUCUUAUAAACAAGGAUUUAGAAAAACUCAAGUCAUAUUCUUGGAAGACAACUGUACGUACUAGAUAGGUCAGAAUUUUAAACGGAUUUCCUUAGCUUUUACUUCUAUAUGUCAGUGUACGACCGAAUACAUUAUAUGACGGUGCUGCACAGCUGUUGAUGGCGUCAUCAAAAUAGGUUGUGACAUCACGGAAUAGGUUGAUGACGGGACCUGACGUCAUCGGAAUGGUGACAUCGUCAUUUCUGCAUCCAAAGUGGAGUUUAUUUAGAAGCAUGACGGGAAAUCGGAGUAGUUUUAACCUUUGACCAGCCAAGUUGACCUUUGACCUGCCAACUGUAGUGCCUUUCACGAGUCUGUGCAAAGUGCGUGUUGUUUUCUUACUGUAAAUAGUGAAAUUUGUACGACAAGCUGCUAAUAUAUGAAUGUAACUGUGCUGCGACGCUUCUACUGCGGUGAAAACAAUAUAACACUGGUCAUGAUAACUUACAAAGUAGAAAGUAAUUUUGGACUUUU